GGCCGCCCGCCCUCUCCCCCCCGCCUGGCGCCCUGCGGGGCCGGGGGGGCCUCGGGGCUCCCGGAGGUUUCUGCUCGGCCGGCCAGCGGAGAGAGACGGCAGGAGCUCUGUCACCAUGUCAGUCAGUGUCCACGAGAACCGUAAAUCCCGGACGAGCACCGGCUCCAUGAACAUUUUGCUGUUUCACAAAGCUUCGCACCCGGACUGUGUCCUGUCCCACCUGAACACGCUCCGGAAGCACCGCAUGUUCACCGAUGUCACCCUCUGGGCAGGAAACAGGUCGUUCCCCUGUCACCGGGCAGUGCUGGCUGCCUCCAGCAGGUACUUUGAAGCCAUGUUCAGCAACGGCCUGCGGGAGAGCCUGGAUGACGAGGUGAACUUCCACGACAGCCUCCACCCGGAGGUGCUGGAGCUGCUGCUGGACUUUGCUUAUUCCUCUCGGAUCAUCAUCAAUGAGGAGAACGCCGAGUCCCUCCUGGAGGCUGGAGACAUGCUGCAGUUCCACGACGUCCGAGACGCGGCGGCUGAGUUCCUGGAGAAGAACCUCUACCCUUCCAACUGCCUGGGCAUGAUGCUGCUCUCGGAUGCCCAUCAGUGCCGGCGCCUGUACGAGCUCUCCUGGAGGAUGUGCCUGGUCAAUUUUGAAACUGUUCACAAGAGCGAGGACUUCAACAACCUUUCCAAAGACACUCUGCUGGACCUCAUCUCCAGCGAUGAGCUGGAAAUUGAGGAUGAAGAGAAGGUCUUUAAGGCUGUCAUCCAGUGGGUGAAGUACGAUCUGGAUGAGCGGAAGGCUUAUCUCCCAGAACUUCUGAGGAACGUCCGGCUGGCCUUGCUUCCUUCUGAAUGCCUCAAGGAAGCCUUGGCUUGUGAGGACUUGAUCAUGGUGGAUGAAAGGAACAAGCUUGUCUUGGAUGAAGCUAUUCAGUGCAAGAAGAAGAUCCUCCAGAACGACGGGGUGGUCACCAGUCCCUGUGCCAGGCCUCGCAAAGCCGGGCACACCUUGCUCAUCCUUGGAGGCCAGACCUUCAUGUGUGACAAGAUCUACCAAGUGGAUCACAAAGCAAAGGAAAUCAUCCCCAAGGCAGACCUGCCGAGUCCACGGAAGGAGUUUAGCGCCUGUGCCAUUGGCUGCAAAGUGUACAUCACUGGAGGCAGGGGCUCGGAGAACGGGGUCUCCAAGGACGUGUGGGUGUACGACACUGUCCAUGAGGAGUGGUCAAAGGCCGCCCCGAUGCUCAUAGCUCGGUUUGGGCACGGCUCGGCGGAGCUGGAGAACUGCCUGUAUGUGGUCGGUGGCCACACUGCGGUGGCCGGUGUCUUUCCUGCCUCUCCUUCCGUUUCCCUGAAGCAGGUAGAGAAGUACGACCCCGUCUCCAACAAGUGGACGAUGGUGGCUCCCCUGAGAGACGGAGUGAGCAACGCCGCGGUGGUGAGCGCCAGGCUGAAGCUCUUUGUGUUCGGUGGGACCAGCAUUCACCGGGACAUGGUGUCCAAAGUGCAGUGCUACGAUCCCGCCGAGAACCGCUGGACCAUCAAAGCCGAGUGCCCGCAGCCCUGGCGCUACACGGCGGCCGCCGUCCUGGGCAGCCAGAUCUUCAUCAUGGGGGGAGACACGGAGUUCACGGCAGCCUCUGCCUACCGCUUCGACUGCGACACCGACCAGUGGACUCGCAUCGGGGACAUGACGGCCAAGCGCAUGUCCUGCCACGCUUUGGCCUCGGGGAACAAACUCUACGUGGUGGGGGGUUACUUCGGCACUCAGAGGUGCAAAACGCUGGACUGCUACGACCCUACGUCGGACACGUGGAACUGUAUCACGACGGUGCCUUACUCGCUCAUCCCCACAGCUUUCGUCAGCACCUGGAAGCACUUGCCAUCGUGAUGAGGGGCAGAGCUCAGAGCCUUGUCUCCAGGAGGUGAAUAAGAUGCCGGAGUCACAUCCAUGUUCCCUGUCUCACUGCUGGAGCCAACACAGCGACCGAGUCCCCUCCUGUCCUCCCACACAGGACUCCCUGAAGCCCUUCUCGUUCCCAGCACCAGGGCAGGAGACAGCAGGGGCCACCCAGUUCUGGCAGCAGCCACAGAGGAGCUGGGAGCGUGGGCUGUGGGGCUGGGGCUGGCACAGGGGAGCAGGAUGGCUGCGGGCACGGGCGGCCCGGCACGGCUGGGGAGAUGGAGGGUGUGCACCGGGCUGCAUGGCUCUGCUGGGGGGGCUGAGAGAUAUCCAGUGAACUUACUGUUGGCAACACCUGCUGUUUGGGUAACUUGGAAGUGUUUUUCAAAGGGAGAAGGGGUUGAGAGCCCCUGGCUCUCCCCAUCCUCACAUGCUCCACAGGGGCGAUGGCUGUGGAAACAUCAAAGCAUGGGGAGCUCGGGCAGCAGCCAGCAGUGCUGGCUACUGGAGCAAAACAGGGCAGAUGCUUUUUGUUAUGCACUCUGGGCCUUUUGUUCUUAUUUUUCCCCCUGUCCUUGCUGCAGCCAUUUGGAUGUGGUUGGGAUAUAGUCAGGGGCUGGGCAGGUCCCUCCUGCCUGGGAAGGAUCCCCCCCUCCUCAUGGCGCUGCACAUCCUGGCUUCACCUUGGAGAGACAGCAGCUGUCAGCCCAAGCUGCUCCUCCUUCACCCCAUGGAGGAAGGCAUGUGGGUUUUCAGUGCUGAUGCAAGGAUGCAGCCCCUGACUGGCUUUUCCCAAGGCCUAGCCACCACCAGAGCCUGGUCCUGCACUGCCCCAGCAUCCUGCUCCCCUCUGCAGCACAUCUGGUCCUGUGGAUGCUCUGGGCUUGCCUUUCAGCCCUGGAUUAGGGUGAGGUGUAGCCUGGCCAGCUGAAUGAUGCAAUGGCAUGAAAAGCCUUGACAUGGCUUCAAAGAACAAAGGUCUUUUCAGAGCAGUGAGUGCCAGGAAGCACACACAGUCUGUGAUGCUCUCAGUGACGUUUAUUUACAUUUCCUAGCUGGGUUUGUUGUUUGGGGUUUGUUUUUCUCCUUCAGCUGCUUGUGAACUUUAAUAAAAAUGAUGAU